GUGUCCCAGCCAGUGCGGAGACAGCGCACCUGCCCGCCGCCCUCCGCGCCGCCCGCCCGCCCAGGAGAUGGGGGCGCCCCUGAGGGCGCUGCUCUGCCUCCUCCUCAGCCUGGGUGUACAGGAGACCUACGGACAAUCAGGAACAUGUGGAAGUGCUAUCAUGGGACGGAUUGUGGGGGGCACAGAUGCACAGGAUGGGCAGUGGCCUUGGCAGGUCAGCCUGAAUUUUCAGAGUGGUCAUGUGUGUGGUGGCUCCCUCAUUUCCCCCCAGUGGGUGAUCACCGCGGCGCACUGCUUCCCACCGGAAAACCCCAUCACUGACUAUGAGGUGACGCUGGGAGCCUUCCAGCUGUCCAGCCCUACAGCUGACAUCAAGGUGGUUGGGGUGGAGCAGGUCAUCAAGAACCCUAGCUACACGGAUGAGGGCUCCGGCGGGGAUCUUGCACUGGUGAAAUUGAAAGAGUCAAUCACCUAUACACGUACCAUUCGCCCCAUCUGCCUGCCAUCUACUUCCGUCAGCUUCCCUAGCGGCAUGACCUGCACUGUGACUGGCUGGGGGAAUGUGCUUACCUCUGUCAGCCUACCCAGUCCCAGGACCCUGCAGCAGCUGGAGGUGCCAGUGAUUGGGCUGGAGACCUGCCGCUGCCUCUACAAGAUCAACGCCAACCCAGCGGAUUCUCACGUGAUCCAGGACGACAUGAUGUGUGCGGGCUAUGCCGAGGGCAAGAAGGACGCCUGCCAGGGUGACUCCGGGGGACCCCUCUCCUGCCGUGUGGGCAAUGCCUGGCUGUUAGCUGGGGUGGUGAGCUGGGGGGACGCGUGCGGGUCCCCCAAGCGGCCUGGCGUCUACACCCGCACCUCGGCCCACACAGCCUGGAUUAAACAGAUCAUCCCGGCGGUGGAGAUGAGCGACGUGCGCGUGAAUCAGGAGCCAGUCUCGGAGGAGGGGCUGUGUCCCAACACCACCAGUCGGCCUGGCCCCUAUGACGGCUUCCAGCCCCAUCCUGACUGGCCCCGGCCAAUCACCCCCAAACAGCCGUUCGACCAUGCUACCUCCCACAUCCUCGCUGCCAGCCUGCUGUUCUUCUGCCUGCUACUUCACGUACUCCCUGCCCUAUAGCGCCCCUACUUUCAAGGUCAGCUCAGCAUGGGACUCCACCCCCCAUGGCAGUCCAGAGGCAUCCUGCCCCCCUCCCAAACUCAGCAGGAUGGUCCCGAGAUUUCAAAGACUUGGGUUUCCCGCCCCAUCCCCUUAUUGUUCUCGUUUGUUUCCUGUGUUGUGCUGCUCUGUCACGAUCAGGGAAUUGACAUGACUUCAGGGCACCGAGCUGGCAGCAGCCCGGUUCGUGGCAACGUCGUUUCUGCCUCCGGUCCUGCAGACCCCUGAGUUCUGGCCAACAGGGUCCUGCAAACUUCUCCCAAGCCUCGCUCUGGCACCAGGGCUCACGGCAACCCCUCCAGCCUCGCUCUGGCACCGGCGCUCACGCCAAUCCCUCCAGCCUCGCUCUGGGGCUCAUGCCAGCCCCGGAACCUCGCUCUGGCACCUGGGGUCAUGCCAACCCCUCUAGCCUCGCUCUGGGACUCAUGCCAGCCCCUAAGCCUCGCUCUGGGACUCACGCCAGCUGCUGAGCCUCGCUCUGGCACCUGGGGUCACGCCAACCCUGCCAGCCUUGCUCUGACCCCCAGGGCCCCACUCUGUGAAAAUCAGGGCCCUGUAGGCAGCUCCCCAACUCCUGUUCCCAGGCCUGGUUCUGUCACCAUGAUACCUCCAAGGGUAGCCUAACGAGCUCCCACCCUUCCUCUUCUCACCCUGAUUCUUCCAGGGAGACUCCGGGGGACCCCUCUCCUGCAAAGUGGGUAGUGUCUGGCUGCUGGCCGGAGUGGUGAGCUGGGGGGAUGCAUGUGGGGCCGCCAAC